GUAAAUGUAACCAGGGUUUCUUCAGAGUAAUUUUUUAACCAAAACAAAGGACCCACCGUAGAGAUGAAGUAGCCUAAAAGAAAUCGGUACUCAUACUGUGACCUUAACAAAAUGAGUCCCGGACUAGGCCAUGAUCCAUUGCCCUCCUACAACAUUACCGGAUAUGGAAACGCUGCACUGUGUCUUUGGCAACAGCCACAACACAUUCUAUUUCAAUUGGCGAAUUUUUGCUUUGCCCUUUCCUACUCUGCACCGUCCUCCAAGAAGGGUAUACUCUUCAUGCAUUCCGUACUGAUAAUCGGAUUUAUGCUACUAUCUGGAUGGGCAUGGCACGUUAUUUGUGCGCCUGAUAUAUUCUCCUGGAAUUUCAGUUUUCUUUUAUUAAAUAUUGGCCAAUUGGUAUAUAUAGUCUAUCAAAUGAGACCUGUCAGAUUUGAUCCUGAACUCGAGGAUGUAUAUCACACUCUCUUUUAUCCAUUUAAGGUAUCACGAUUACAAUUCAAAAGACUGGUGUCCCCGGAAUUCGCGACAAUAAUGUCACUACAUGCGGGUGAGGCCUAUGCUAUGCAAAACCUAACGAGAACGGAUCGUCUCGGCUUACUUUUAAGCGGCAAGGUUAACGUGCUAAGCGACACAAAUUUUCUUCAUCCCAUUUUACCCUGUGAGUUUCUCGAUUCGCCAGAAUUCGAAAGUUCAAGAGCAUCGGUGGAUGACAAAUUUAAGGUGUCCAUAGUUGCAGCGAGCUCUUGCAGAUACUUGUACUGGCAAAGAUCAGCGCUGGAAUAUUUGCUAGUAAAGGAAGCAUAUCUUGCCACAGUUUUAACAACGCUUGUAGCUAGAGACAUAGCCACAAAAUUGUAUGCAAUGAACAACAAGAUAGUCACUGAUAAGGGAUCUCAUCUGGACAUCAGAUUACCAAGUAUAAGUGCCGGCCUUGGAAUGGGUGGUGAAUACAGAAGUCCACGAGCUUCGAGACAAGCUUUGAUACGCAGAAAGGAGAAUAAACUUACAAACAAUGUUUGUGGUGCUAAGCCGAAGGAUCGGCCUGUAAAUAAUUUAACAAAGAAAGGUGCACCGAAUAUGGAGCCACUGCCAGAGUUACCGUCGUGCGACGACUUGACGUCGAGUGGCGUCGAAAGUUGGCUCGAUUCGUCAAGCAAGUAUCACAGCUGUGAAGUGGUCGACGAGGACUAGCGUACCUGUAGCAGCCAGUAGUUCGAUUAUCAAAUAAUUAGUAUUAAUCGAUGAGACGAGUAUACACGAUUGUGUGUGUAUUAUAUUUUUCUCAAGGUUGCACAGAUACACGAAAUUCAUUAACAUUGUUG